GCUUCUUCUACCACCACCAAAAUUAAUCAUCGAUUGAUCGGGCCGUAUAAUCCAACCUGGUUGUGUCUCUAAAGUGCUCGCCGUUCAGCCUUCUUAGAGACACAAUCUGCCCAUUCAUCUCCCCCUUCCCAUUGGACUUUGUCUCUAAACCAACCCAUCCGAUAGAGACACACACCGCACGAUAAUCAUGCCGAAGUCAAAGAAGGCACGGUGUCACUCUCGUCAUGGAGGUGGUGGCAAUCCCAAAAGAGUUCGUAAAAUGCACACUUUCCUCAAGCUUUCGACUACUAUUCCUUCUACACCCAAGCAGCAGAAUGGUGGCAGGAAGAACCUAUCACGCCAACGGCCGAUUGUUCCCUUUGGGAGAAACGAUCGUAUCUUAUUGAUCGGAGAAGGUGACUUCUCUUUUGCCCACUCUCUGAUUGUCCAACAUCGCUGCAAAUAUGUCCUGGCUACAUGCUACGAUUCUAAAGAAGACUUAUAUAGCAAGUACCCCCAGGCAGAACAUAAUGUGCAGGAAAUUCUCAAUGGUACCCGAAAGAAAAAGGACCAUGGCGAGGACCCGACCAGCAGUAUUGAAACAGAAACUGGAGAUCAAAAUCAGGAACAGGGGAAGCAGCAUGGAGACGACAGUCAUGAGAAACAUGGGAAAGAGGUCGAGCCAAGUCGAGGCAGACCAUCGCAAAAUCGCCAAUCCAAUGUUCUUUUUUCGGUUGACGCACGAAAACUUGGCCACGCCUUCGGAGGAGGGAAGGACGUACGCUCCGGAUUCCCACGCCAGCAACGUAAACGUCCUGCGUGGCAAAAGGCCAAGAAGGGCAGCGACACGUACCCCUCGUCUUCAGUCAAAGGUGGGCCCUGGGACAUGAUUUGUUUUAAUUUUCCUCAUGUUGGCGGCUUGUCAACCGAUGUAAAUCGGCAGGUCCGUGCUAACCAAGAACUUUUGGUGGCAUUCUUCAAAGCUUGUGUACCGCUGCUAUCGUCCCGUCCCGCAGCAGAUCGCAACGACAUUGAAGAAGAUGAAGCUGAGUGGGACUUCAGGACCGAAAGCGGAUCCGACUCAGAUGUAGGUGAAGAUGGCGAGGAUCAGCUAGACUCGCUAAAUGCCAUGGGCCAAGAGAGAUCCCAAUCCAGGAACGGACCUGGGCAAAUCCUGGUUACCCUAUUCGAAGGAGAGCCUUAUACCCUUUGGAACAUCAAGGAUCUUGCGCGACAUGCUGGUCUAAGGGUUGUUACUAGCUUUAGGUUUCCAUGGGCCUCCUACAGAGGAUACUCUCAUGUGCGGACCUUGGGCGAAAUCGAAGCGAAACAUGGAGGAAGAGGUGGCUGGAGGGGGGAAGAUAGGGAAGCUAGAAUGUACGUAUUUGAAUUAAGGGAAGAUCACAUGGUGUCUACAGGGGAAUCUCGAUCCUCGAAGGAUAACAACGUUGCGAGGAAUAAGAGAUCAAGACCAUUCGACAGUGAUGACAGUAAUUGAGCGGUUUCUUAUUUCAUCCGUUCCGCAGUUCAAAGCCAAAUAUAGAAAGAAUGAGCAGGAAAAAAGAAA